AUGCUGACGAGUGGAAUACCCAACUCCAGCACACAACAACAUAGCGAUAGCAUGACCAAUCCAGAAAGACCUACCACGGAAACAUCCAUGGAGGCAACAAACAAGACCGGCCAAUUGUCUACAGCACUCGCAGGCCCAACAGAAGCAACCCAGAGUUCAUCGAGAACAUCAAAGAAUGUUCCAACGGUGAAUCGUCCAACAAGCCCAUCCAAAGGCACUACUCUAGGGGAACAAUUAGACUCAGAAACAAACUUACCAAUUAGUUCUGGUUGUGUGUCCUUAUUAUCAGGAACACCGGCCAAUAAUGUACCAGGUACGAUAAGAAAUUACCAAAUUUUGUAA